AUGUACUUCAGCGUAGAGCGCCCUAUCAUCCAAAUGAUUGACAGAAGCUACCUCCCGGCGGCCGCCUUUAAGUCCAAGCUACUGAGCAGACGAGAUCCGGUGCAUUACGUCACUGUCAACUUUACCAUAGUGAAUCCUCUCAACAAUAGCUACCUGAUAAGCUUUUACUUCUACCAGCUACUUUCUAAUGUAUACAAAAGGAGUUUCGUAGAACUACACUUUAAGAUAUGUGACUUGUUAGAAAAAGACGAGAUAUUGGGAGAUGCUUUGAGGCAAGGAUACCUCAAUGUGCCGAGAGCGGAAAGACUUUUGCCAACACUGAAAUGCCCUCUUCCACCUGGGUCGUACAGUUUGCUGAACAUGAGGUUCCGGCUGAGUGCGCUGGUGGAGACCUUCCCCUUCCAGGAGGGGAGGGUUAUGUUCAACGUCUCAGAGCCGAGGGGAAAGCUCAUCUGCUGCGCCACCGUGGACUUUCAGCUCAAAGCUCUACCCAAACCCAAAAAUUGAUACCUCUAUCAAUUACUAGCAAACGCCGCGCGGUUUCACCCGCGUGGUUCCCGUUCCCGUAGUAAUAUGGAGAUAAAAUAUAUCUUAAAGCACUCAGGGAUAGUUUGGCUUCACACCAGUGAAAUAAUUUUUCAAAUCGGUUCAGUAGUUUCAGAGCCUAUUCGAUGCAAACAAACUAUCAAAUAUUUCCUGUUUAUAUAACAUUAGUAUAGAUAGUCUACUUUUUUUUAAACAAAACUUUACGUAUGAUACGGUAGGAUGAAGGGAGAGCAUAGCGCACACAUAUAGAUGGAGCUAAAGAAGUUGUACUUCAAGAGCACACCCGUAUGUUUUGGUCUAUCUUUUUUUUUAUUUUAUAUCAAUAAAAGUGUCUGUCUUUGACUUCAA